AUGACGCGCUUCCACAACUCGCACAAGGCAACGUUCAACAACUCAUACACCCACGCCGCCGAUUACGCCGAUGUCGGGUACUCGCUCAAGGGCUUCUUGCGCGAGAGCUACAACCUCGUCGUCCACCUUGGCAACCACCACGCGAUUGAGGAGGCUUACAUCUUCCCGCUGCUCGCCCACAAGCACCCCGCGUUCCGCGAGGGCGCAGAGCACAAGGCUGACCACGCCGCAAUCCACGACGGUCUCGAGCGCUACCAACAGUUUCUGCGCGCCAGCAUGAUGGAUGAGUCGAAGUACAGCCCCGAGAAGAUGCGCGAGAUUCUCGACAGCUUCCGCGAGCCCCUGUUCCGCCAUCUCGACCAAGAGGUCGAGGACCUCAAGCCGGAGACCCUCUGGAAGCAUGGCUUCACCCUGGACGAGGUUCGGCGUAUGCCAUUCCACUAGAUGUACAAGCAAUCGGUUUACAGACGCUCAGAAGGUCACAAAUCCACACACAGAAACACUCUGUACAUUACAGCAGACUGUAUGCAUCUACGAUAGAGCAGCG